UAGGAGGUGCCAUUUGAGAGGUGCCAUCCUGAUUCAUCAAAUAAAUUGCUGAUAGAGUCCCUCUGUUCUCAUUGACAGUAAAGCAGGGUUGAAGUUUGUCAUUCAAACAUAGACUCUGAGAACAGCAAGAUUAACUUCUGUUACCAGCAAGAUGCCAGCAGGGGCAGAGAGGACCAAACUCCCCAGAACCUCUUCUAGAAUGUUGACCCGGUCUGGAGGGAAGCAUCACCAUCUGGAGAGGCAGAGGGAGGUGACUAGGACACUGGUCAUCAAGAGUUCUCCAGAUGAAUUUACACCUGAAAUUCAUGAUCAGGACAACAGGGGAGAGUACCGAUUCCUGUGCAACCAUGCAGGUCUAUUCCAGUGCAGUAUAACAGGCCUGGUGUUUAGGAUGGAGGGAGAGGCAGAGGUGCUCUAUAUGACAGUCCCCUGGGACAGGAGGCUUCUAUCCCAUAAUGGCAAGAGACCUGCAGGACCCCUGUUCAAGUUUACAUGCCUUAAGGGGUCUGUCAGUCAACUACACCUCCCACACUGUGAGAUUCAUUCUGAGGGUGGAUGUGACUUCCUGUCUGUAGCCCAUGUGACUGAUGAUGACAGUAUGGAGUUUCUCCAUCACCAUGAGACAAGAGAAACUCACGUCAUAUUAAACAUCACUCAAUUCAGCAAAUAUGGCAUCACCAAGGAUAAGGAAGCUCCUGUCUCUCCUAUCCGUGCUCUGGUGCUACUAUUUUACAAACUCCCAGAUGAUAACAAUAAUUCCACACUAAGUGUGUUGUUGCUGCCCAGAAAUGUUGACAUUGAUGAGGUGUGUAAGACAAGGAGGACAAGGAAUAGAGACCGAGAAAUCUACAUUGAAAUAAAUCCUAACUGUAGACUAACCCGGGACCAAGAAUACACCCUCUCCACUGAUCUAACAGAUGAACAUCACAUAGAUCCAGAGAAAGCAGAGUUUGUGGAUUAUGAUUCCUAUACAAACUACAUGCCAACAUUUCAGUUGCGUUUAAAAACUGUUGUUGAAGAAGUGAAUCUUCUUCUGAAAGAACAUGGCAGUCCUGAAAAUGAAAGUGUAUGGGACCGCCUUGUUUCACUACCAGCAUCCAAACUGCAUGAACCUGCUGCUCCCCUUAUGGGCAUUUCCAUCCACCCCCCUCAACAGACGUCCACUCUGCCCACCACCUCAAUGAAGCUGGUAGCUGCUUCUGAGAGGGAACAGAAGCCAGCAUGGGCAGAGAGGGACAAAGUCCCCAGCACCUCUUCUGGAAUGUUGACCCGGUCUGGAGAGAAGCGUCGCCGACUGGAAAGGCAGAGGAAGGGGCCUAAGUCACUGGACAUCAGGAGAUCCUCCAUGUUGGAUGUUCCAGCUCUGCUGCUGACCACUCUGGAGGAGCUCACUGAAGAACAGCUGAAGACAUUUCAGUCUCACCUGACUAGUGGCCAGCUGUUUGGCUUUCCUUCCAUCCCAGAGAGUCAGCUGGAGAACGUUGACAGACAGGACACAGUGGAUCAGAUGGUGCAGAGAUACGGCCCUGAGCGAGCUGUGGAGAUCACAGUGGAGAUCCUGAGGGAGAUGAAUCUGCAUGAUCUCGCUAAGAAGUUACAAAGAGAUCACAGAGGAAAGAAACGGAAAAGAAUUACACCACCAACUGGCGAUACAGCAGGGACAACAAAGGUUCAUUUUAUGCUGCUGAACACUCUGAAAGGGCUGGGCCGAGGCGACCUGAAGACAUUUCAGUUUCACCUGACUCAUGAUGUGGAUGACCCCAUCUCAAGGAGCCAGCUGGAGGAUGCUGAUAGGCUGGUCACAGUGGAUAGGAUGGUACAGAGCUACUGUGAUGAGGGAGCUGUGAAGAUCACACUGGAGAUCCUGAGGAAGAUGGGCCAGAACAAAAUGGCUGAUGAGUUAAAGGAGAAGUUCACAAACAAUGUCUGAAUUGUAUACAGUAUGUCUACAACUGUAUACAGUACUGUUUGUCUACAACUGUAUACAGUACUGUUUGUCUACAACUCUGUACUGUUUGUACUGUUUGUCUACAACUGUAUAUGCAUUCACACAUCAAGUCUUCUCUGGAGUUGGGCUCAGGGAUGGAACAACUGUUGAACGUCUGUGGUUGUGGGGGAAGGGUGGAUAGUGUGUAUGACUGUGUGCCACAUCUGUUGCUAUGGGGUAAUGUUAUGGACAAUAUAGGAUGAAUCACAAUAAUGUAAUUUUUAUAAUGCCAAUCCUUGUUAUAUGUAACAAUCCUUAGUAUAAACUGCCUACAUUAUUACGCAUGUUAUUAGUUAAUUGUGUAAAUAUAUAUAUAUUUUUAAAAUAUAUAUAGAUAUAUAUUGUUUAAUACCUGUAUACAAUCAAUGUGAGUGCGUUAAAUGCUUUUAGCAGUUCAUCUGUUUAUGUUCUGUGGGUGGCAACAUGUGCUCUUUAUAAAGGAUGGGUCCCAAUCUCUCAAAGAUCCUAAGAUACAGGUGAACAGGGGUGGUCUGCCAGUCACUGGGACCACAAUCAAACUUGGGAUGGGGAGAGGUUUUAGCGGGUGAAAUAGUGGAGAACAAUUGGAGAUUUACUCAGUAGCAGUGCAAAUACCAUGGUACAGCUAUAUGGACACUCAAUAAUUAUGGUACUUUUUAUUAAUGGUAAGUUUACAAACAUAUAUUAUAUGUUUGUGUCAAGUGCAAAUUGUAUGUGGAGGCGUCAACAGCUGGACCGCCCUUAUGUAUGCAUUUUACAAAUUCUCAAAUAAAUUCAAUCAAUCAAAAAUAA